CGUCAGUUUGACUUUCUCUAUCCGCUCACCAUGUCUGCAUCAGGACUUCUCUAUGAACGAGAUUCGGUGUGGUGUGACCGAUGGCGUUUCGAGGCUGCAGAAGCGCAACACCAGAAACGUCUGGCAGAGGCACACAAAGGCCUCGUAGUUGAGGGCCAUGCUAUUGAUGUCGUCGACGUUACGAACGCAACCGGUGAUGCUAUUUUGGCAGCGGCGACUGUCGAUAUUGAAAGACGACUGAAGGCGUUAGAAAAGGAGAACAAGGAGUUGAGAGAAGUCGCAAACAGUCUCCAAGCUGCUGUCACUCGUUUGGAAGCACAAAUGCAGAGUUUCACACAGAAAGAACGGGCUAAAGAUAUUUCAGUAGAUGUCAAAUCUGAGGCGGCGCCUACAAGGAAGGACGACGACAAUGACGACGACGACUUUGACUUGUUUGAAUCAGACGAAGAGGAAGACGAAGCUGCUGAGCGAUUAAAGGAAGAAAGGAGGAAAGCAUAUGAAGCUAAGAAACAGAAAAAAGCUUCUGUCAUAGCGAAGUCAAGUGUCGUCCUAGAUGUCAAACCAUGGAGCGACGAAACAGACAUGAAAGUUGUCGAGGCAAGUGUCCGCUCUAUAACAAGAGACGGUCUUGUAUGGGGAGCAUCAAAAUUGGUCGAGGUCGGAUACGGCAUCAAGAAGCUACAGAUCGGGUGUGUGGUAGAAGACGAGAAGAUUGGCAUCGAAGAUCUAAGUGAGGAGAUAACAACAGAAUUCGAAGAUAACGUUCAGAGUGUCGAUGUCGCUGCCUUUAAUAAGAUCUGAUGAUAGAGAGUGGUGGUUGGUGUGAACAUUUGGUUGGUGGGUGAUGAAGGAAGUCAUUUGUUAGGGUGUCUGUUGAGUUUAAUAAAUUGCGUCUAUUUGUUUGUGCAGUAA